CUCCUCGAGCUUCUCUUUAAAAUGGCACUUACUGAAACCCCUAGCGACCAGCUAAUGGAGUCGAAGCGGGUGUGCGUCGUGGGUGCGGGAAUAAGCGGUUUAGUCACCUGCAAGUACCUGCUCGAGAAAGGUUUCCGGCCGGUGGUCUUCGAGUCCAGCCGAUCCAUCGGCGGCGUAUGGGCUAGCCCGCUCGGUUCGACCCGGCUACAGACCCCGACCGAUUAUUACCGGUUCACCGACUUCCCGUGGCCGGAAUCGGUCACCGGAGUGCCGAACCACAGGCAGGUGAUGGAGUAUUUGGAAGCUUAUGCUCGCCGGUUUGAUCUUAUAAAGCAUGUCCGCUUUGGGGAGAAGGUGGUGGGUUUGGACUAUGUCGGUUCGGACCUGGAGGAGAUGGCGGUCUGGGAUCUGUGGGGAAGAUCCGGCGAUGCGUUCGCCGGAGAUGGACGAGGAGUUUGGAACAUCACCGUUGAGAAGGACGAUGGGGCUACUGCGGAGCAUGUCAUGGACUUUGUUAUAAUUUGCUUAGGAAGAUUCAGUGGUCUUCCAAAUAUUCCUGACUUUCCAAAGAAUAGGAAGAAUAAAGGCCCUGAGGUCUUCGUCUUCAAUGGCAAGGUGAUCCACUCCAUGGACUUAGCCAAUAUGGGAAGCACUGCUGCUAUGGAAUUUGUUAAUGGAAAACGUAUCGUUGUCAUCGGUUUCCUCAAAUCCGCUCUUGAUAUUGCUGCAGAAUGUGCUGAUAUUAAUGGUGUGGAUCUUCCUUGUACGAUGAUUGUUCGAACUAAACGAUGGAAUGUACUAGAUUUCUCAGUUUGUGGUAUCCCUUUCAGUUACUACUGUUGUACUCGCUUCUCAGAACUGCUCUUUCACAAGCCUGGAGAGGGAACCAUACUAAGCCUUUUGGCAACUAUGCUUACUCCUUUACGGUGGGUUAUAUCUAAGAUUGUUGAGAGCUAUAUCAAAAAAAUCACUCCCAUAGAGAAGUAUGGAAUGGUACCUGACCACAGCUUCUUUGAAGCAGCAAGCAGCAUAUUAGUUGCUAUAUUGCCCGAAAAAUUCUAUGAAAGGGUGAAUAAUAAGAGCAUCCUUCUGAAACAUUCAAAGAAAUUUGAGUUUUGUCAAGAUGGCGUAAUAUUGGAAGGUGAAUCUGUGCCUAUAAAGGCUGAUUUAGUUAUCUUUGCUACUGGCUACAAGGGUGAUCAAAAGCUUCGAAAUAUUUUCAAAUCUCCCUCAAUUCAAGAGAUUGUGACAGGCUCCUCGGAAAAUACCGUUCCACUUUAUAGAGAAUGUAUCCAUCCAAGAAUUCCACAAAUGGCGAUAAUCGGAUACUCAGAGAGCUACUCAAACUUAUAUACUUCAGAGAUCAGGGCAAUGUGGCUAUCAUAUUUUCUUAAAGGUGGAUUUCGACUACCACGUAUAAAAUUGAUGGAGGAAGAUGUGAAGGAAUGGGAUAAAUACAUGAAGAAAUAUAGUCGCGAACAUUACAGAAGAUCAAGUAUAGGGGUCAUACAUAUAUGGUACAAUGAUCAACUCUGUAAGGAUAUGGGUUAUAAUCCAAGGAGAAAAAAAUGGUUCUUGCCAGAACUGUUUAUGCCCUAUGGACCUAAUGAUUAUGUUGGGCUCGGAUCUAAAAUGGAGUGAUCAGUUCUCCUUAAAUAUACUGCAGGGAACCAAUAAUAAUAUCAAUGAUGAAUGUCACUUAGUAAAUCUCUUUGUAAAAUAUUGAGUGUUAUAAUAAUAAUCAGUUUUAUAAGU